CCCUCCCUCUCUUUGCUGUCACAAGGCCUUUGCACCUCAGCCUGUGACAGCCACUUGGGCCCGGGCAAGGCUGUUCCGAGCCAGCAGGACUCGCGGACAGGGGACCGUUCGUGGCUCGAGGCAGCACCUGGCUGGCUGCAAGACCAUGGCGCUGCUCAUGGAGCCUCCUGGAGCCUGGCUGGCCCUGGCCCUGGCCCUGGCGCUCGGCUCCAGCGCCCGGGUGGCGGCCCGGCCGCAGGACUGCACGGGCGUGGAGUGUCCCCCGCUGGAGAACUGCAUCGAGGAGGCGCUGGAGCCCGGAGCCUGCUGUGCCACGUGCGUGCAGCAGGGCUGUGCCUGUGAGGGCUACCAGUACUACGACUGCCUGCAGGGCGGCUUCGUGCGCGGCCGCGUGCCCGCCGGCCAGUCCUACUUUGUGGACUUCGGCAGCACCGAGUGCUCCUGCCCGCCGGGCGGCGGCAAGAUCAGCUGCCAGUUCAUGCUGUGCCCCGAGCUGCCCCCUAACUGCAUCGAGGCCGUGGUGGUGGCCGACAGCUGUCCGCAGUGCGGCCAGGUGGGCUGUGUCCACACUGGCCGCAAGUACCCCGCCGGCCACACCGUCCACCUGCCGCCCUGCCAGGCCUGCCACUGCCCGGAUGCGGGUGGCGAGCUCAUCUGUUACCAGCUUCCGGGGUGUGAUGGGGACCUCGAGACCGUGCCGGCUGCCGCCGCUGGGAACUUCUCAGACACUGAGGAGGGGGACCCCGAGCGACACUAUGAAGACCCCUACAGUUAUGACCAGGAGGUGGCUGAGGCAGAGGUGGCAGCCGCCCUGGCAGGGGAGCUCCAGGCAGGGGCAGGGGGCCCGGCUGCCCUAGGAGGUGGGAGCCACGCACCUUCUGCCAUCCAAGCCACUCCCUGGCUGGCCACGCUCCCCAGGCCCACGGCAGCUGCUGCCCUGGGUCCCCCAGCCCCUGUGCAGGCCAAAGCCAGGAGAGUGACAGAGGACAGCCCGGAGGAAGGGGCGGAGGACAGGAGCGAAAUGACAGUCACGCUGCAGACGGUAGCUGAUCACAGGGGCCUGGACACAGUACCCACCGCCGGGCUAGGGGGGCCUGGUCUCCCCGCGCGAGAGGAGGAGGCAGAGGCCAGGGAAGGGCCGGAGGAGAAUCUCAUCCCCGAUGCCCAGGCCACCCCCCGAAGCGCGAGGCAGGGGGGAGCGGCGCCCAGUGUCCUCCCGUCACAGGCCCCGCCGAGCCCACCUGCGGACCCAACGAAGCCCAGCACCCACACCAGCCUGGCCACACCUCCCCGUGAGGCAUCCCGGGCCCCACCCACCCAGGAAGUACCCAAGCAGCUGCCUGAUCUGUCCCGCUUUGAACCAGAGGAUGACACAGACCCCAACUCUGUCCACUCUGUCCCCAGAGGUGACCCUGAAGUGUCCACGAAGGACCUGAUUGAGACGUGCUGUGCAGCUGGACAGCAGUGGGCCAUCGACAACGACGAGUGUCUGGAAAUCCCCGAGAGUGGCACCGAGGGCGACGUGUGCAGGACGGCGCAGAAGCACUGCUGCGCAUCCUACCUGAAGGAGAAGAGCUGUGUGGCCGGCGUCAUGGGGGCCAAGGAGGGCGAGGCCUGCGGGGCGGAGGACAAGGACACCUGCAGCGUCUCCCUGUACAAGCAAUGCUGUGACUGCUGUGGCCUGGGGCUCCGCGUGCGGGCCGAGGGCCAGGUGUGCGAGUCCAACCCCAACCUGGGCUACCCCUGCAACCACGUCAUGCUCUCCUGCUGUGAGGACGAAGACCCCCUCAUGGUGCCCGAGGUGCGCCAGGCCCCCGAGCCCAGGGCCAUGCCACGGAGAGUUUCAGAGGCAGACGUGGUGAGCCGGGAGGCCCUGUCUCUGGGCACAGAGACCGAGCUGCCCAACAGCCUGCCUGGCGAUGACCAGGACGAGUGCCUGCUCCUCCCGGGAGAGCUGUGCCAGCAUCUCUGCAUCAACACCGUGGGCUCCUACCACUGUGCCUGCUUUCCCGGCUUCUCGCUGCAGGGCGACGGGCGUACCUGCCGCCCAGAUGACAACCCGGCACCGCCCAAGGCCGCGGAGGAGUCCGCACGGAGACCCGAGUCUGCUCAGGUGGUCCCCAACACCAUCCCGCUGCCACUGCCCCAGCCCAACACCUGCAAAGAAAACGGGCCCUGCAAGCAGGUGUGCAGCAUCGUCGGGGACACGGCCAUGUGUUCCUGCUUCCCGGGCUACGCCAUCAUGGCGGACGGCGUGUCCUGUGAAGACCGAGACGAGUGCCUGAUGGGCACUCACGAUUGUAGCCGGCGACAGUUCUGUGUGAACACCCUGGGAUCCUUCUACUGUGUCAACCACACAGUGCUCUGUGCCGAGGGCUUUAUCCUCAACAGGCACAGGAAGUGCGUGGACAUCAACGAGUGCGUCACGGCGCUGCACACGUGCAGCCGCGGCGAGCACUGCGAGAACACCGUGGGCUCCUUCCUCUGCCUCAAGGCGCUCACCUGCGAGACCGGCUUCGAGCUCAAGGAUGGCGAGUGCGCAGACGUGGACGAGUGUGAGCUGGGCACGCACAACUGCCAGGCGGGCUUCGAGUGCCAGAACACCCAGGGCUCCUUCUACUGCCAGGCCCGGCAGCGCUGCAUGGCAGGCUUCCUGCAGGACCCCGAGGGCAACUGCGUGGACAUCAACGAGUGCACGUCACUGACCGACCCGUGCCGGCCCGGCUUCAGCUGCGUCAACACGGUGGGCUCCUACACGUGCCAGAGAAACCCGCUGCUCUGUGCGCGAGGCUACCACGCCAGCCAGGAUGGCGACAAGUGUGUGGAUGUGAACGAGUGUGAGACGGGUGUGCACCAGUGUGGGGAGGACCAGGUGUGCCACAACCUCCCCGGCUCCUACCGCUGUGACUGCAAACCCGGCUUCCAGCGAGAUGCCUUCGGCCGGGGCUGCAUCGACGUGAACGAGUGCUGGACCAUGUCCGGCCGCCUGUGCCAGCACACCUGUGAGAACCUGCGGGGCUCCUACCGCUGUUCCUGCGCCGCGGGCUUCCGGCUGGCCGCCGACGGCAAGCACUGCGAAGAUGUGAACGAGUGUGAGGCCCAGCGCUGCAGCCAGGAGUGUGCUAACAUCUACGGCUCCUACCAGUGCUACUGCCGCCAGGGCUACCAGCUGGCCGAGGACGGGCACACCUGCACAGACAUCGACGAGUGUGCGCAGGGCGCCAGCAUCCUCUGCACCUUCCGCUGCCUCAACAUACCAGGGAGCUACCAGUGUGCGUGCCCGGAGCAGGGCUACACCAUGAUGGCCAACGGGAGGUCCUGCAAGGAUCUGGACGAGUGUGCCCUGGGCACCCACAACUGCUCCGAGGCCGAGACCUGCCACAACAUCCAGGGCAGCUUCCGCUGCCUGCGCUUCGACUGUCCCCCGAACUACACGCGAGUCUCCGAAACGAAGUGCGAGCGCACCUCGUGCACCGACUUCGCCGAGUGCCAGGGCUCGCCCGCCCGCAUCACCUACUACCAGCUCAACUUCCAGACCGGCCUGCUGGUGCCCGCGCAGAUCUUCCGCAUCAGCCCGGUGCCCGUCUUCGCGGGGGACACCAUCGCCCUGACCAUCACCAAGGGCAACGAGGAGGGCUUCUUCGGCACCCGCCGGCUCAACGCCUACACGGGGGUGGUGCACCUGCAGCGGGCCGUGCUCCACCCUCGGGACUUCGCCCUGGACGUGGAGAUGAAGCUCUGGCGGCAGGGCUCGGUCACCACCUUCCUGGCCAAGAUGCACAUCUUCUUCACCACCUACGCCCUGUGAGCCGGCCUGCUGGGCUGCCGCCUUUGUCCUGACGCCGCCCCGCACGUCUCUGGCCGUUCACCCUGCCAGGGUGGGGCUGGCUGUGGGGCUGGUUGUGUGCUGUAAAUUAACUUAAUUUUGCUGACCGGCCCCCCUCGGGUUCCCGGGCCUCUCCUGUGCGGCUGCCUGGGCCCGAGAGGGCACAGCGGCUGGAGGACGCCGUGCGCAGGAGCUCAGGGCAGCUCCUGGUCACCUUGGGUCGCUGCGGCGGAGUGGUGGCCCUGAGGGCCGGUGGGGGACCGAAGACUGGAAACAGGGACCACGCUGGGGCUUCUGAACUCAGCUGCGUGACCUGUCUGUCUCCAAGCUUGAUAUUCCAUGUUAUGUUUCACUGUGAUUAGUUCUUUACUUAAAAAAAAAAGCAUUGUGUUUUUGUUUAAUUACAAAAGUAGUCCAUGUACGUACCUUGCAAGAAAAUAUUCAUUAGUACAUAAGCGUUAUAAAGUAAAAAAAAAAAAAAAGGAG